AUGAAAAAGUUGAAAUCUCUCUUUUCGCGUGUUCGCAUUCGACCAAUAACCUAUGCUGAUGAUUCGGAUCCAAACCACUCAACUGAAUUGGCCAAACCCGUGCUACUACCACUAGCAUGUAAUGAUUUUAUUCCAUUUCUGAUGGCAUUCUCUUUACCGGAAUCAGCAAGAAACUCCUACAUGGUCCUAACAAAUCCCGAUAUUCUCUACAUGAUAUUUCAAUACAUUUCCGAAACAGAAUUCAUUCACGGAACAUGUAAGAGAGUUUGCCAAGCUUGGUAUCAAUGUGCAAGGAAAGUGCCAGUUUCUAUUUCGUGGUGGAGAUAUGAUUAUCAACGGAUGAAAGACUUUUUAUUCAUCGGGUCAUCCUCAAAAAAGUAUUACAAUAUAUUUCAAGGAAUGGCUUUACAAUCGCUUAAGUGUGCUUUUGGAACCAUUGUCACAACGAAACAAAUUGAAAGUUUUAUGAAUUUGUUGUUGGCAAGCGAUUCUUUAAAAAGUGAUCAACAAGCUAAUGUUGAAACACCAACACAUUACCGUCAUCAACUUUCUCAUUUUACGUUCAGUUCUAAUGAACUAGAUCCGCAAGGAGUGAAAAUAUUAUUUAAUUCAUAUUUAGCAUCAUUAUACACCAAUCAAUUUACUAUAUCCACACAUCAUAUUUGGAGCAAUUUGAAAGAGCUAGACAUAUCUUACAAUAAGAUUGGUACUAGCGGAGUCAAAGCACUUGUGGAGAGUAGUGGACUAGCGCUGGUUUUCUCUCAACUUUUACUCCUAAAUCUGUCAUCUAAUCGUAUUGAAUAUGAAGGUGUGAGAAUAUUAAUGAAAGAGGGCUUUGGUCGGCACUCAUCUUCAUACCUCCUGAAAACAUUAAAAAUGGAAGGCAAUAGUAUUGGCAAAGAGGGUGCCAAAGAAAUUGCACAAAAUCCAAAUAUGAAUAAUUUGACACGUUUGGACUUAUCUUUUACAAAUAUUGGAGAUGAAGGGGUACAUUAUUUGACAUCAGAUGGAACAUUUUUACAAAAUUUAACUUAUUUAAAUAUCCACAACAGUGCCAUGACUGUGGAUGGUGCAAAGUAUUUAUCAACAAGUGAACAUGUGAGAAAUUUAAAGACUUUAAUCUUGAGUGCAAACAGACUUGGAGAAGAAGGAGUGAAAUACAUGUCACAAUCAGGAACAAGGUUACAAAGUUUAACUCACUUGGAAAUGAAUUAUUGCCAAAUUGGAGAUGAAGGUUUGGAAUGUUUAAUGAACGGACAUUGCAUUCAAAAUGUGACAGAACUAACGUUGAGAGGUAAUAAUCUCACUCCUCUUGGAAUGAAACACAUUGCAAGCGCAAAGAUUAGGGGAGUCUCAGCCAAGACUCUUGGUUUUUCAAAUUUUCGAUAUUUAGAUGUGAGUGAGAAUGAUGAUAUUUGUGAUGAAGGUGUAAAAGAGUUGACUCUUGCAUCCAAUGAAAAAUUAUUCAAAUUACAAGAAUUGAAUUUAUUUAGAACAAAUAUUAGUGAUGCAAGUAUUGAAGCUAUCAUGAAGUGUCCAUACUGGAAAAAUACUUUAAAAUGGGUGGGUGUUAGUAAGAAUCCAAACGUGACUGAUGCAGGACGGAAGCUAUUGGAACAAAUCAAAAGUUCUAAUUAA